GGGAGCGGCGAGGUCGGAUCUUCUACAGCCGCUGCGGUGCUGGGAGCGCUGCCCCCUCCCUAGAGCAGCGCUUGGGCCGCCAAUGCCAGCGGGCACCAGAGCGGCUGUUUGAUCCCCUCGGCUGUGUGAGCGCGACCGUCCCCCGUCAGGGAAAGAUGGCAUGCGCUGUCCAAAAACGAAGAAUCCAACUAACUGGAUUUAAGAAACAAGAAAAGGAGGCUAUAACUGAAUUACUACUUACGCUGGACUGUGUUUUUAUUGAUACUGAGCAAUACAGAAAUUGCACACAUCUUAUAGCAAAACAGCUUUCCAAGAGUGAAAAGUUCUUAGCCGCUUGUGCAGCAGGAAAGUGGAUACUAACUAAGGACUACAUAAUUAAUAGUGCCGAAAGUGGCAGAUGGCUUGAUGAAACAACUUACGAAUGGGGAUAUAAAAUUGAAAAAGACUCCCAUUAUUCACCUCAAAUGCAAUCUGCACCUAAAAGAUGGCGCGAAGAACUGACAUGCUCUGGUGCUUUAGGGGCCUUCCACAGAUGGAAAGUUAUCCUCCUUGUGAAAGAAGGUGAUAAACGAAGGGAUUCUAUCACAAGAGUUCUAGAAGCUGGAAAGGCAAUUAUAUAUCCACCACAAAAGGAAGUGAGAGCUGUUACUCACGUAUUCACUGAUAAUAAAAGCGUCACCAUAGAGAGAGAGAAAUGUCUCUUUGAGGCUCCAUAUUAUCCUGUGCAAUAUAUAGGGGAUUAUCUUUUCGAGAAUGAAAUACAAAAUAUUACUGAAGAUAACCAAAUGAACCAUCUUUUAGCUGAACAAGAAGCCAGAGAUACGUCUGACAUGCAACUUGUUGCAAUGAAAAAUGCAUUAAUAAAGCAUAUGUAUUUUACUCAGAUGGUGAAGGAGAAGUCUACUCAAAUAGACCAACUGAGUGGAUGUGGUACAGAGGUUAAAAAUAUUGACCUCUCCAGAGGUAUAUUGUGUAUACUUGAAGGACUAGUAGAAGGACAUUUCUUUACUGAUGUAAUCACAGAACUUGCUGCUACUCAAAAAUACUUCAUCCCUCCUGUGCAGCUUCUUCAUUCUCUUCUAGAACAUACGCUACAGGGAAAUACAGACACAGUAUUCUCUGCUAAAUUUUUUCACAUCUUGUAUAUUCUUCUUCAACUUGAUCCUCCUUGGAAGUCUCCUUCCAUGUUAAGAUAUUAUCUGGAAUUUCUUCAGUGUCCUAUUUGCAUGAGAGGAACAUGGUCUCUGCUAGAGAUGCUUGUGAGAUCUUGCCUUUACUGCAAAAGCUUUUGUCAUGCAGUCUCUGUUUCAGAAAAAAAAGGUGAACAGAGGAUGGUUCACAAAACAUUACUCAAGUUUUUCUUUAAUUUAGUGAAAGCUGAAGUACAGGCUUUAACCAGAAGAUUAUGUGAAGGGGCCAAUUCACAGCUUCUGCAAGUUAUGCCACAGACAGUUCUUCUGAAGACCUUUUGGUUGGGAAAUGAAACCUCUCUGCUUUUUACCAAACAUAUAAAUAUUCUGGUAGAUUGGGUCAUACAUUCCUAUAGAGAAAAGUUCAAAACAAAUGAUGUCUUCAAAGAUGAAGUAGCUAUGCUGCUAACUGGAAUUCUUGGAACUGUAGUAGAAUAUUGGAUUCUUUCUGGCUUUAUGAUGGACAGAAACGUGUUGCAUCAAGUGGCAGAUGACCUGGCAAAUUACAUUGCCAUUUCAUGUGAUGACUUUUCAACACAGGAAUUAAAAAUGUUCAUUUGUUCCAUACCAUCUCUCUGGCUUCAAAUGUUUGUUGCAGAGGCAGUCUUUAAAAAUUUAUGUUUACGGAGGAACAUGACUAUUUCUGCCGAACCUCUUUCUCUUCACAAAAUAGUUUGUUCCUGUUUGCCUGCUUUAGGAGAAGUAAGUAUGCAUGAGACUGGGGAAGUGCAGAAAGUGAAGAAAAAGAAAAUAGGGCAGUGGCCUUGCCCUGAGUCUCAAAGGGCAUUACUGAUGCUAAAUGGUGAUAAGCAGAACCAAGCCAAACGGCUGCCUGAUCUACCUGAACUGAUCUUCAGUAAAUUCCCUCCAUUAUCAAAGAAGUUAAGGACGAAAGCAGAAGUUGAGGUGUCAAACACCAAAGAGAAUCAUCACCCUUUGGAUGAAGAGAUGCACUUUUACAAGACUAAUGUUAAAGGAGAGACAGCCCUGCAUAUAGCUUGCAUAAGAAACAAAGUGGAGAGAUUGAUUCAGCUUCUCCCUUUCCCUGGAACAGACAUUAAUGUUAAAGACUAUGCUGGCUGGACGCCAUUGCAUGAAGCCUGUAACCAUGGUAGCACAGUGUGUGUCCGUGAAAUUUUGCAACGUUGUCCAGAGGUAGACCUGCUCAGUCAAGUGGACGGGGUGACUCCUUUGCAUGAUGCACUGUCAAACGGACAUGUAGAAAUUGGCAAACUGCUACUUCAGCGUGGGGGACCACUGCUCCUACAGCAGAGGGACUUUUAUGGAAAAUUGCCACUGGAUUAUGUGGAGUCCCUACCAGUAAAACAAGAACUUUUGGAUAUUGUCCACCCAGAAGAGACUGUCAAGGACUUCUGUGAACGUGUGGAAAAAGAUUUCCACAGCGAGCAAAGAGAACUUUGGUUAAUUUUAUUUAAUAAGAUGUUGCUAAAUUUUUGUUCGGUUUAUAACUUAUCUUCACCUUCUCCUUUAUCUUUUAAAGCCCACUUAAAUUCACUUCCAUUAGUGGCUAUUAAUGGUUGUAAGUUGAAAAGUAGGUCUCUUACUGAUUGGUUAGUAGAUCUUUAUGUUAGAGAGCUACAGACUUUCCAGAAACUUCCAGAGUUUAUUCAGGAAAUAUCUGAGAACCUAAAAAAAUCUUUUGGAGAACAGGUAUAUCCCUUAUUGGCAACACUAGAAACUAUUGCAGUGGCAACUCAGGUGGCUACUUUUCAUCUUUCUAACAACUAAGAUUAAUUUUCAGAUCAGUUCCAUUGGUUCAGUUGUGAUAGUUUAUCAUGGGCGAGAUUCAUUCUUGUGAAUACAGGAGUGCACAUGGCACAUCCUACACCAGGCUGGCCUAGUGCUACCUAGGAAAUAUUCCUUUGAUCCCUUCUGGCAUCUCAAAGCACUAAACCAAAGGCUUCCUUAGUCCCACUGAAGGAAGCUGCAGUGUGGAAGUACUGAGUAAGUGUACCUCCUGGCCACUACCCCUUUGUGGCCAAAGUCAUCAACUUUUCAGGCUGAACUGAAUGCCUGUGGCUCCCUCAGCAGGGGAAAGUUCACUUGCACCCUAUCAACCCCUCUUUUUUCCCCUUCUAGCACAUUUUCUGUCAUGAGGAACCUUGCGCCAGAAUUCUUGCUGGUUUCCAAGGAUGUUGACCUAAAAGUUUAUCUGAUUUAGACACUACAGUUGGUUACUUUUUUCCAGGGCAUACAGUUAUGCCUGCUGUUCUGAUGUGACUAACUUUUUGAAUACUUGUCAAAUAAAUAAAACAAAAAUGGAAAAACUACCUCUACAACUAUCCAUUUUCCCUAUAUUAUCAUCCUAGGAAAUAAAUAUCUUUAAAAUACAUUUAAAAUUUAGCUCAAAAGUUAGUUUUUAAAAUUGUGUGUAUUUACAGUACUAGUUUACAGUACUUCUGAUUUUGUAUCAAAGGAUCUUGACAAAGAUGUUCAUGGAAAUGAGCCAUUAAACUUUUUACUAGCU